AUGGCAACAAUUCCGAUUAAUUUAUCUUCGAACAUUGAUAUAUUUAAUACAAAUGACAUAUUUGAUGAUAUCGAAGACAUUGCAGAUCUUACUUUACCUUUUUUUAAUUUUAACAACAUGGAAUCAUAUUAUGAAAGGCCACAAUCUAAGCCAACGUCAAGCAAAGGUCAUGGAAAUAUGGACUUUGAAGUGUCGAAUAUUGUUGAUGAGAUUUUAAGGAUUGAAAACGAUA